AUGAAGUUCAACGGUGCUUCCCGACGGAGCCACAGACAUUUUGUUGCCAUUGCAACACUUAUAUUCUCGACGCUCGCCUUGACGACUCCUGGGCCUGUCUCCAAUGGUCAAGAUGGCGAACAGAGAGUUAUCAGUGACGGACCAAAAGAUGAGACCCAGACAUCUCGGGAAAAAAGCAGUGACAAAGAAGGGACAAUCAGUGGCUUCAACCCUCCAGACUUUGAACUUCGCAUUCUGGCCCUCGGUGAUUCCAUCACUUAUGGGCAGGGCUCAAGCCAUGGCAAUGGAUACCGCAAAUACCUCCGAGACUCCCUCCGGCAGGCAGGCUACAAAGUUAACAUGGUCGGCAGCAAGCAGUACGGCCUCAUGAACAACAACCAAGUCGAGGCACGCGACAAGAUGGACCAAGUCGCCACCAUCCACGGGUUAUCCAAGCACUCGGUCAAGUACCAGCCCAACGUCAUCCUCAUCCACGCCGGCACCUUCGACACCCUCAUGCAAAAUGAUCUUUACGAGACAGAAUACAACUAUUCCAUGCCAGCAUUCGGGUCAGGGUCAUCACCCUGGAUCGGCGGCAUCUACCAGCGAUACGCCGACAUGGUAGACUAUCUUUUCGAUCAGGUGCCCAACACAACCAUCAUCUUGUCCACCAUCAUCCCGACCGGGAAUCGAAUCAUUUACAAAAACAUGGACUAUGUAACCUCCAUGGCCCGAGAGGUUGUUGCCGAUCGUCUUUGGGUUCGCGAGCCUGAACGGCCGCAGAAGAUUGGACUCGCAGAUAUGUGGGCGGCCGGCAUCGGAGCAGCAGAAUUCGAGGUGAUGGGUCGGCAUGAUUUCAGGUCGGAUGGGAUCCACCCCAACGAUUCUGGAUACGAGAAGAUGGCGAGUAUCUUCUUACGGGCGAUUAUCGGUGCCGGUGAAAGUGGCUUUCUUUCUCCGCCGAGAGAUUCGGAGCAUGUGGAAGACAUGGCGGAAACUUACGGUGACGACCUUGACACCUUCACUGUCGAGGCGCAGGUCCCGUCACCACCAAUUGACGAGAAUGUAAUGAUAUAUAUGGCAGCACGGGCAACGGAUAUGAGGGGCACGGGGGGCAAAACUCCAGAUGAUGGUAUAUGGAGUAAAGCAGAGGAUUGAUAACUGGGGCCCAAAAGAGCUACUCGUGUCCUUCAGAUAAUGCAGCUAAUGCAGAUAUCAAGGAACAUGGAAAAUGCCACCGUGGACUCCUGCCAAGAUUGUGGCUUCAACACGAGGCCACACGGGUGAUUGAACACAAACUGGGGUUUCAAACUUUAUUUCAGGCCACGUCCGACUCCCACAGAUGUUAAAAGUCAAGCCCAUCUGCACACAAAUUUCCUCCUUUCUCUUGCCGAAUCCGACAGGACAAGGUCAUCAAAAUUCCUCCCGCAACGCGCAUCAAGAUACAGACACAGC